CGCGUUCUCAUCGUAAGAGUCAUGCGCUGUCAGGCAACAAGAAAGAAAACUACGAAACCGUGGUUGGAACUAGUGGAGCUGUGAUAACUGUCAAAACCUGUUAAAGCAGCCGACAGGAGACCAGGACACGGUGUAUACGUUAUGUAACAAGAAGUUCACCAAGCUGUGUGAUAACAGUAUGCCGAAGUGUUGCAGUAUAACAUUAAUAUAUUGAUAAAGUAUUGGCAGGUUUAGAUCACAUUAUAGCUACACUGUCUUAUUUAAAUAACACAAACGUCAAAAUUUUACUUAAAAAGCCCAGCAGUAUUUAACAUAUUGGAUUUGAAAUGCAGCAGUUUAGCAAAAUUCACAGGACAUUCAUGUUCAAACCAGCAGCAGAACUUUCUUGUGUCAUACUACUCUAAACUGACAUGUCACUGAGAAAAGACACUAAUUCCUUUCACUAUAUCACAUACACUGGGACGUUAGCUCAGGUGACGCAACAGGAGAUCUAUAAACCCGAUGCAGUGGCUCGGGUUCAACUCCAGCUCACGGCUUUCAGCUGUAGGUUUUCUCCCUACUUUUCCAUCCGUCUCUCUACUUACUUGUCAAAUAAAACUAAUAAAAGGGGGGGCAUUUAUUCACAGCUAUUGGAAUGUAAGUGUAAAGGUGUUCAUUGAAGAGGCAGUUUUUAGUCUGAGAGGGAAUCUGCAGAUGGAACUUAUGGUAGAACAAUUCAGCAAGAUGAUCUUAUUUGGUCUGUUUUUAUUCAUUCUUAUUUUGUUGUUUCACGUCUUGAGUUGUGAGAUCUUGUUUGAAACAGCAGCUAGCUAUAUAGUUCAAGGGUGGGCUCGUUAAGGUUUUGUAGAAUAAAUAUCCUCGUCUAUAUUAUUGUUCUAGGUCUUUAGAAAUAAAAAUACCUUUAAUUUUGUGUUCUAUAAAGUCAGUCCAUUUAAUUUACAAUGCAUUGAUUCUAUAGAAUACAAUGUUGAUUAUAACUUGCAAUGCCCCAGUAAAAUAAAUAAAUCCUGAAUAACGGGGGGAAAAUAGAUGAAGGAUAUCGAUGUUCUGAAGGUUGGAAUGUGAAACCUCUGGUUAGAAUGCGGUCAGAUGGUUUAUAUGAUGUGAUUGUUUUACUUAAAAUCUGUUUAAAAGUAGAACAAGUCAGGUCCGACUGGUUUAUCGCAGUAAGCUUUGAAAACGGUAUUAGAACUUCUCUUGCUGUUUCUGUCUGACCGUCGGACUGAGGCCACAGACUGUCACCAGUUAAUCUGGUGGAGAUCGUCACACUCUACCGCAGCGAAGCGAUAUUUCCACUCCGUGAGGUGGAAGUCCUCAUUAAACCGAGUAUUUUACUGGUAGACUGAACACCCGGGAGUCCAAACGGAGCAAUAACAACAAUGUUAAAGCUGCAACAAGAACAUUUCGGAACAGUUUAUUGACAUCUGUGUGUUUUGAACAGGCAUCAACACAAUCACCUAUGCUAUGUAUUGCUGUUGUAACAGCUGUCUUGCUCACUGAAUAUCACCAGUUGAUCAGAUCACCAGUUAAUCUUGAACACCGGUGACAGUACUGAUUGUUACUAAUGAAGGACCCAGAAUUCCAGGUCAUACAUUUCAAGUUAAAUGACUGGAAACAUGGAGUCGUCCUCUGAUGAGGAGGAGGUUCGCACCUUCAUCGAAGUCAUCAGUGAGAAGUACAAUCCAGAGAAUUUCCCCUACGGCCCGGGAGUCAUGGUUCUGCCCAGCCCUCCAGGAUCCCCCGUCAAAGACCGACUCUUCUUGCCCAACAUACUGGUUCUGAAUCAUUGUGGGAUCAAUAAAGCUGGCGACAGAUCAGACAUUGAGGCUUUCUGUGCUCAUGUGGUGGAGCUGGACCUGUCCCACAAUCAGUUUAAUGACUGGGGAGAGAUAUGCACCAUAGUUUCCAGCAUCCCUCACCUGGACUUCCUCAAUCUGAGCACAAACCCUCUGAGCGGCGUGGAGCUGGAGCCCAGCAUGGCCGAGGUUUUCUCCAGAGUCCGACGGCUCGUCCUCAUCAACACACACGUCAGCUGGGAUACCGUGCACAUGCUCACACAACAUAUGCCAGAGCUAGAGGAGCUUUUCUUGUGCCUGAAUGGCUUCAACACUGUGUCAGAAUCCCAGACGUCCUGUCCGUCACUACGCCUGCUGCAGAUCACAGACAACCAGCUGCAGAAAUGGGUAGAAGUGAGGAAGUUUGGGCUGCUGUACCCGAGUCUGAGUGCCCUGGUGCUGGCCAAUAACAGUGUGGACUCUGUGGGAGACACUCAGGAAACACUGCAGCAUCUGUUUCCCAACCUGCGCAGCAUCAACCUCAACAAUUCAGGGCUUAGUAAAUGGGAUGACAUUGAAAGGCUGAAUUUCUUUCCGAAGCUGGAGGAAGUCAAAGCAAAAGGGAUUCCUUUAUUGCAGUCUUACAGCACCCACGAGAGACGUAGCCUCCUUUUAGCACAGCUGCCGUCUGUAACAGUGCUGAAUGGGAGUGCAGUGUCUGAUGGGGAAAGGGAGGAUGCUGAGAGGUUCUUUAUCAGGUACUACCAAGAGUUUCCAGAACAGGAGCUCCCCGAGAGGUACCACUUCCUUGUAUCCAAGUACGGCCCCCUGGCUCCGCUAGCAGAGGUGGACCUGAGCCCUCGCUGCACCGUGGUGGACGUUCGCUGGGGUGAGAAGGUGGAGGCAGUCAGCCUCCGCCUGGAGCAGACGGUGGGCGACCUCAAGAAACAACUCAAAGCUCUGCUACAGCUGCCCGCCAAUGGGAUCAGGCUUUUCUACAUCGACCGAGAAAUGUGCUCAGUCUUAGGACCUGAGGAGAUGAAGUGCAGCUCCAGAGCGCUUCAUUCCUACAGCAUUCGAGACGGGGAUGAGAUUCUAGUUGUGCCCAAAGCCAAAAGUCGCUGCAGCUCCUCAGAUCUUGUCAACAACAAUGGUGUGGUCUCCUUCAACGUGCAGGUUAGCCAAUUCACACCAGAGGCUUUUCCCCUGAGUGACAGCCGAUCAUUCAUUGCUCCACUUUGGGCAGAUGUCCAUAACGGUAUCCGCGGAGACGUGUACUACCGAGAGUCCACUGAACCGCAAAUCCUGGAAAGGGCGACACAAGAUAUCCGGAAGUACUUCAAAAACAUGCCCCUCUUCACGGCCACCUGGGUCUUUAUUGCAACGUGGCACCAGGUCACCUUCUAUGGAGGAAGCCAGACAACUCCGGUGAACACAUUCCAAAGUGUACUAAUCUCAGAUGGCGUGGCAUUCUUCAGUAUGUUCAACUAUGGAGAAAUCACGUGGAGCACAGGAACAGCCAGCGGUGGAGAUCCUUUAACAGGACUGGGUGGGACCACAGCUCAGUCAGGUUUUAAUGGUGGAGACAUUGGUCACUUCUUCAAUUUGCCAGGGUCACGAUCAAACGACGUUGUGAACAUUGAACAGACAACCAAUGUAAAUAUUCCUGGACGCUGGUUGUUCCGUGUAGACACUGAACUGAUAGAUCCAGCCAACGGCUGCAGCUACAAUGGGCGUUUCUACAGACGAGGGGAAAUCUUCUGGCUGUCUGACCAAUGCUCACAGCGAUGCCGCUGCCUUGACACUGAUAAUAAAGUGCACUGUCAGGAGGCUCCAUGUGGGCAGUUGGAGACCUGCGAGCAGCAGGAAGGAGCCUUUUACUGCCAGCCUACCCGCACCAGCACCUGUGUGGUGUUCGGGGACCCUCAUUACCACACCUUUGAUGGCUUCCUCUAUCACUUCCAAGGUACCUGCUCCUACCUGCUGGCUCGGCCAUGCUGGGAGGUGGCUGGGCUGCCCUUCUUCAGUGUGGAAGCCAAAAAUGAGAACCGAGGGAUGGCCUCAGUGUCCUGGCUGAGAGACGUCACCGUGGAGGUGUAUGGUCACCGAGUGAUGUUACCCAAAGGCAGUUUAGGAACAGUUCAGGUGGAUGGCUUGGUGAAGACCUUACCGGUUCAACUGCAGCUUGGUGCUGUCAGAGUGUACCAGUCUGGUGUUGCUGUUGCUUUAGAAACAGAUUUUGGACUCUUGGUAACCUAUGACGGCCAACACUAUGCAUCGAUCUCCCUGCCCAGCUCCUACUUCAACAACACUUGUGGCCUUUGUGGUAACUACAAUGACGACCCCGCAGAUGAUCCUGUGCUCCCCGAUGGCUCUCUAGCAGAAAGCGUGGUGGAGCUGGGAGGCAGUUGGCGAGCCGAGGACACCGACUGGAGGUGCACAGAUGGCUGCGCUCAGAACUGCAGUAUAUGCGAUCCACUUAUAGAAGCUUUCUACUUUCGCCCAGACUACUGCGGGCUCAUCAACAAAACUGAUGGACCUUUUCGGGACUGCAGAGCCGUGGUUGACCCCACAGCAUUUGUGUAUAGCUGUGUGUAUGACAUGUGCAGCAACAGGGAUAACAUCACCACGCUAUGCCAGGCAAUCCAGGCCUAUGCUCUGGCUUGUCAAGCUCUUGGUGUCACAAUACGACCCUGGAGAUCUCGCACCUUCUGUGGUGAGAUUCAGGGCAUCACAUUGUCGUGUCCAGAGUUCAGCAGUUACCAGGUGUGCACAAGUGCCUGCCCAGCCUCCUGCUCAGACCUCACAGCUCCUCUGUACUGUGCUCAUCCCUGCACUGAGGGCUGCCAGUGUGACCCCGGUUAUGUCCUCAGUGGCAGUCACUGUGUGCAGCGCAACGACUGUGGCUGUGAGCAUAAUGGCCUCUACUACCCCCUUAAUGGCACUUUCUGGGCUGGCCCCAGUGGUGAAGAAGGCGAAUGCACCCUCCACUGCACCUGUGGGCUUUUUGGGGAAGUCUCCUGUUUCAAUGAGUCCUGUAAGGAGGGAGAGGUGUGUGUGGCAGAGGUGGGCUUGCUGGGGUGCUACCCUCGGAGGGAGGGAGUGUGCUCAGUCACCCAGAACUCAGUGACAUCCUCCUUUGAUGGCACCUUCCUGCUUUUCCCGGAUGACAGCUCUUACUACCUGCUGAAGUUGUGCGGCCCGGUGCCAGCUAAUGGCUCAAUGGUGGAGGUGAAAAUUGGCAGGCGGCUGGUGAACAAAGGCCCCGCUUGGAAAAGGCCUGUGGUGGUUACGGUGGCUAACAUGGAGGCACAGAUGGGAGGGUUAGAUUUUGAUAUAGUGAAGGUGAAUGGUGAACUGGUGGCACUCCCGUAUGUCCAUCCAAUGGAGACAAUGAUGAUCUACAGAGCACCAGGCAAUGCUACAGUGGUGGAAUCCCGUGGUUUGAUUCGUGUCCACUACACUCGUCAGGGAUUCCUCAACAUCUCCCUUUCCACCAUCUUCUACAAUGUCACUUGCGGUCUAUGUGGCGUCUUCAACAGCAAUGCCACUGAUGACCUUCGCCUACCCAGUGGACGCCUGGCAGAAUCUACAGAACAGUUCACUGAGAGCUGGCGGUCCCUUGCUGAUGAUCUCACCUGCAACGGAGACUGUGACGACUUGUAUCGCAUGUGCACAGAUUUACGUCUUUACCAGAGUCCUUGGAUGUGUGGCAACAUCAACGAUCCGGGGAAUAGUUCCUUCCUGGCAUGUCAUGCAGUGGUGAACCCAUCCCCGUUCUUCAGGAACUGCUUGUAUAACAUGUGCGUGAAGGAAGGAAACCGUUCUGCCCUGUGUACUUCACUACAGGGUUAUGCCACUGCUUGUCAGGAUGCUCAAGUAGGCCUCGCUUCCUGGAGGAGUGCCACCAACUGCCCUCUUCCCUGCCCAGUCAACAGCCACUUUGAUGAAUGCACCAGCGCCUGCCCCGUGACCUGCUCCAACCUGGAUGAACCGGAGGAACCUUGUCCACUGCCAUGUCAGGAGGGCUGCCAGUGCGAAGACAGCUUUGCGCUGCGCGACGGACUGUGUGUGGCUCGCAGCGACUGUGGCUGCAUGAGUCACGGCCACCAGCUGGCCACCAAUCAGACUUUCUGGACCGAUUGGGAGUGCCAGGAGCGCUGCUACUGCAACGGCUCCGACAACAGUGUAUACUGUCAGCUAGCGCCCUGUCAUCCCGAGGAGUACUGCCAGGAGAGCGAUGGCCUGUACUUCUGCCAGCCGCGCACUGAGGCUCUGUGUGUGGCUGCCGGUUAUGGACAUUUCCUGCCCUUUGGUGGCGUACCGUUUGAAAUGCAGAGCUCUUGUACUCUCAGGUUGGCCACCACCAGCUGUGGGAGGGAGAUCAGGGAUUAUGCAAGUGGAACUUUUCCUCAGUUUAAACUGGCCGCUCGUAAUGAGGAAAGAGACACAGGCCAGGCGAUUUGGGUGAGGGGCUUCGUACUGGAGGUCUAUGAGUAUGAAAUUGAGGUGUCUCGAAGCUACAAAAACACUGUCACUGUGAAUAAGGAGCGUCUGUACCUUCCUCUGAAGCUCGGCCCAGGAAAGGUCAACAUCUUCACCUUAGGAAUGCAGCUCAUUCUGGAGACAGACUUUGGCCUGAAGGUAGCCUUUGACUGGAACACUCUCCUCCUGUUGACUUUACCCCGCGACCUCUACAACACCUCCUGCGGCCUCUGCCAGGGCAUGCCCUUAUCCCCACCCACCCUCACCACCACUGACUGGGGCAUGUCCUGGGCAGAGAGGGACACCUUCUGCCAGGUGGGCUGCGGGGAUUCGUGCCCACGGUGUGGCCUGGGGGAGAAAAGCGGCCUGAGUGAGGCCCCUCUAAUGGUGGCCGAUGCCAACAUGAACAUUGGCACCGACAAUGGGGCAGAAGUCAACACGGGCAUACGCUUCCACAUUGGAGACGGAUUGUAUGUGUUUGUGGAGCCUGAGGCAGUGAGGCUGUGUGGGCUGAUUGUGGAUCGAGGAGGUGUGUUUGCUCGUUGUCACAGCAAGGUGGCGCCAGCGUUCUUUUACCAAAGCUGCCUGCAGGACACCUGUUUGGACCAGGGAGCUCAGGAUACAAUCUGUAACUGGCUGCAGAUCUACGCCAGCACCUGUCAGACCCAAGGAGUGCCUGUUACCGGCUGGAGGAGUGACUCGCCCUGUGUCCAGAGCUGUCCACCGAACAGCCAUUACUCCAGUUGCAUGCCAGUGUGCCCGCCCCAGUGCGCCCCUGCCCGCGGUCAGAGGGACUGCAGCCAGGAGUGUGUGGAGGGCUGCCAAUGUGACCAAGGCUACGUCCUCAACGGAAAGAGCUGCAUCCUGCCGCAGAACUGUGGAUGCUACACUGACGGCAAGUACUACGAGCCAAAGCAGCUAUUUUGGAACAGCGACUGCACCAAACGCUGCCAGUGCAUCGGACGUAACCUGAUUCAGUGCGACCCAAGGCGCUGUAAGGCCGAGGAGGAGUGUACUCUGCGGUAUGGAGUCCGAGGCUGCUUCGCUCGACGCUCCCAGCACUGCGUGGCAUCGGGUGGAGGCGUCUUCAGGACGUUUGAUGGAGCAUCGCUGAGGCUGCCGGCCUCCUGCUCCUUCGUCUUAUCCACAAACUGUCACAAGCUGCCCGACCUCUCCUUCCAGCUCAUCGCUAACUUCGAUAAAUGGAGCACACCCAACCUCACCACCAUCUCUCAUGUCUACCUUUACAUAAAUGAGGAAAAUAUUCUCAUCUCUGGCAGUACCGUCAAGGUCAAUGGAACGCCAGUAUCAGUGCCGUUUCUAACCGGGCUGAUGACACGUCUGUCCACAUCUGAAGGUUUUAUUGUCAUCGACACGCCACAGGACAUCCAGGUUCGCUACAAUCGCUUUAACACCCUCAGCAUCACAAUGGGCCAGCGGCUGCAGAACAAGGUGUGUGGCCUUUGUGGGAAUUUCAACGGAGACCCCAGUGAUGACUACAUCACCUCCAGGGGCAAACCCGCUGUCAGUGCCCUGGAGCUGGCCCAGAGCUGGAAGACCAACGGUAUGCAGAACAGCUGUGACGAGACCCAGUAUGUGGCUUUGGCCCAGUCUUGCGACAACACUGCCAUCCUGGCUCUGCAGGGUGAAGACGCCUGCCAGAAGCUGACCCAGCUAAAGGGUUUCUUCCAGCCCUGUCAUGGUCUGCUGGAUCCCAGGCCUUUCUUCCAGUCCUGCUACCUGGACGGCUGCUAUAACCAUCGGAAGGCUCAGGUCUGUGGCUCGCUGGCAGCUUACGCAGAGGCCUGCCGGUCAAUGGGAACCCUCACCACCAAGUGGAUCGCCCAGGAGAACUGCUCAGAAUGGAUCUACGACCCCUGUGCAGGAGAGAUCUGCACAAACUUCACCUGUGAACUGGAGAAUGGAGGCGACCUGUGUGGCUGUCCUGAGUUGCCCACCAGCACCGGAGGUGAUGAUGACAUCAUCCAAGCGGAGGUGACCUGUAAACAUGCUUUGAUGGAGGUAUCUAUCUCCAAGUGUAAACUCUUCCAACUUGGCUUCGAACGAGAAGAUGUCCGGGUCAACGAUGAGCGCUGCGCUGGCAUCGAGGGAGAGGACUUCAUCUCCUUCCACAUCAACAACACCAAGGGACACUGUGGCUCCAUCGUACAGUCCAAUGGCACACACAUCAUGUAUAAGAACACUGUGUGGAUAGAAAGCGUGAACAACACCGGCAACGUCAUUACCAGAGACAAAACCAUCAACGUGGAGUUUUCCUGCGCAUACGAGCUGGACCUGAAGAUUUCUUUGGAGACUGUCCUGAAACCCAUGCUCAGUGUGAUAAACCUCACCUUACCGACCCAGGAAGGAAACUUCAUUACCAAGAUGGCGCUGUAUAAAAACUCCUCUUACCGCCACCCAUACAGGGAGGGUGAGGUGGUGCUCAGCACUCGGGACAUCCUCUUUGUGGGUGUCUUUGUGGAAGGAGCCGAUGAAAAUCAGCUCAUCCUCAUUGUAAAUAUGUGCUGGGCCACGCCUUCGCGCUACAGCAGCGACCGACUCCGAUAUAUCAUCAUAGAGAGAGGGUGCCCAAACAUUAAGGACAACACCAUCGGCAUGGCAGAGAAUGGCGUUUCGCUCACCUGUCGCUUCCAUGUCACCGUCUUCAAGUUUAUUGGGGAUUACGAUGAGGUCCACCUGCACUGUGACGUCUCGCUGUGUGACUCGGAAACAAAUGCCUGCAAAGUGAACUGUCCACACAAGAGGAGAAUGUACUCGGAGGACAGUGACCAUAAAGAACACAUACUGUCUGUGGGUCCUAUAAGAAGGAGAGAGUCUGACUGGUGUGAGGACAACAAUGGAGGCUGUGAACAAAUCUGCACCAGUAAAGGAACUGGUCCCAUCUGCAGCUGUGUGACUGGGAUGCUGCAACGAGACGGAAAAAGCUGCCGGACUGUGAGCUUGAGCUGCAGUCUCACUCCUGUGAUUCCUCUGCUGAGUGUCAGCGCUGUGAUCUCCAUGCUUCUGGCUCAGAUUCAUAUUUUCGUCCUCUCCUAACAUCCUACAAGCUAAAGGAACGCAGCAGGCGCCAAAAGAAAAAAAUCAGGCACAGAAAAGACUUGAAGAUGCACAAAGUAUGGCAUUGAUUAGCCAGUAGAUCAGCUGUGUUCCAGUCAGAAAAUUGACACAAUUCUCUGUACAUUAAAUAACUGUUGGACCCAGUUUACAGCUGAAGGUAAGUCAGCUUUCUAGACAUGAGGAAGGUCGGCUGCGUUUCACCACUUUGUGUUGUUUUUCACCUCCAAUAUCUACAUUCAUAUGGGCAACUCACUGUGUAUUACCACUCGUUUAAAGCUACUAUUUAUAGAAUUUCUUGCACAAUUGUGACAUUUUCCAAAAGAUUUUGGUGGGCUUUAUAAGCAGAAAAUGGCUGUCUUACUGAUUCCACCAGUAGAUGGUGCCACACUAAAGGUAAAACCACUAAUAUUUAUUGUCAAGUCAUUUUAAUUAGAAAAAUUAGGGUUGCAAUGUGUGAAUACUAACAUCCAGUAUUAAUUUACACCUUCUGCUCCCAAUGACUGUUCAGUUAUGGAUUGAUCAAUAUGCUAAAAUUAGGACUGGAAUCUUACAAAAGGUCUUCAGAAUUCAUAGAAAGCUAAUCUUCAUCUUUCUUCAUAAGUAGUUUCAUAAUCAAUUUCUCCAUUGAAAGAUGUUUUUUUUGUUUUGCUUUUAUUAAUUUAAUAUUAACUUAAUAUGCUUAAUAUGAUACUGAAGUUUAAAAGUUUUGAUGUUUUACUGGUAGUUGGGUGAAGCAAAGACGUUAUGCUGAGCUUUCGGAAACUCAUUUUGAAAAAAAUUGUGAUUUUUCACCAUAUCUGUGUGGAUUGAGUCGUCCAGGUCAUAAUAAUCAGAGGUGCUGCGCUUAAAUAAAUGACAACUGGACUUCUUUUUGGUUCUUGAAUAUGUUUCACCUUCAUCUAAGAGGCUUUAUCAAUUAUACUUGGCUGGUAGGGAGUCACAUAUAUUUAUUUCAGGACAAGUGUGGGUUAGUACUUACGAGACAUUGUUAACAACCUAGAAUUCAUCUGCAUCAAAGCUACCCUAAGAUGUGAGUGGUGAUAAUUCUGCUUGGGGAAGGAUGUCAGUAAGUAACCAGUAACUCUUGCUGUAGACCACCAUUCCUGUUUGAAAUGGAUGUUCCAGUCAAACAUGGAUGACUUCCUUCAUUCCUCUUUCAAAUUAUUUGUCUUCUCUGUCCAGAUUGUGGACACUGCUGUCCUCAAAGGAGUGUCAUUUAUCCUUCAUAUUCCUAAGUCUUGUCUUAAGGAGCUGGAUCUCCUAUGUUAUAGUGAUUGUUUAGUCUCUCCUGUAGUAGGACUGCAUAUACAGUUUUUGGAGUGAUUGCAUUUGGACAAAAUCUACAUCUACAUUUCUCCAAUGACUCUGUCAAUACGCAGGAUAAUUUUUCGUUCGAUGCUGUGUUGUUUGCUCUUUGCUGACUUAGUUAAUAUGCUGUAAGUGUUUUCUUAAAUGCCUUUUUCUUUUGCCUCUGCUUUGUUGGCUACAUUCUCAGCCUGGCGCUAUAAGGUUCUGAUAAACUCCAGCUUAUGUAUGUUGGGGAACCCAAACAGCAGCUAUUGGUUUGUGUGAAGGUUUCUGGUAAACCUUAAUGUUCAGGCUUCCGGGAACCAGAAACAAGACCAGUUGUCUAUUUAUCCACUUGGAAAGGGAUUUUUAUUUUUUUUGCCAUUUUUUGAGGCUUCACAAACCAAACAGUUGAUUGAUUGAGGAAAAGAUUAAUUGAUGAUGAAAAUAAUGAUUAAAUGCAGCAGACCUUUAUGCAUAAAUGACCUCUGUAGCAUUAAUAUGAACAUUAAGAAUAUUCAGUUAAUUUCUAUGGAAGUCUCAUAGCUCAUUUUAUCUGCCCACGAUGCAAAACUCUUUCUACCUUGACAUGAUAUGGUUGCAUGAUAAUCCAUGUACUGGUACUGCAUAAUUCUGAUUGGCCACUGCAUUGCACAUAAUGGUCCUUUGAGAGUCUGAUGCUUUUUGAAUGCUCCUUAUCUUUCUUUUGCAGAGGAAAGGCUUGUAUGUAAUGUUUUGACAGUCAGUGUGAGAAAGCAGAAAGUGGUGACGUUACCGUAUGUGACAUUUGCACAUGAUUUUUCUAAAGAAAAUAGCAAAACUGAACAGGUUGCAUUGACACCUCACAGAUAUCCAGUUAUAAAUCGUGCUCUAACACCUUCAGAUGCGUGUCAGAUGGCGCAACAUGUGUUUUUCUUUCUCCAGAUAAGAAACCCAAAUACAGAUCGAAUGUUGAUACUAUGCUAAUACAGGCUCUAACAGUGUGUAGACACACAGUGGAUAUCAGAAGUCUACACAUCCCUGUUCAAAUGCCAGGUUUUUAUGAUGUAAAAAAAAAUGAUUCCAAGAUAAAUAAUUUCACAACUUUUUCUACCUUUAAUGUGAUCUAUAACCUGUACAACGCAAUUGAAAAACAAACUGAAACCUUUGAAGGGGAAAAAUAAAAACCUUAAAAUAGCCUGGGUGCACACCCUUAAAGCUGCUGUCCGGAGUUUCCGUUUGUUUUCAAUUUAUGUAUCAUUUUUUAACAAAGCUUAAAUGUGUUAGUCUAGUUCGAUACUAUAAUAUAAAGUUAGUAUAACGCGAUAUGAAAAUUUAUUCCUGAGCUCCGCCUUCCUCUCAUAGACCCCCAUGUUAUUCCAAAAAGCGCCGGUUGCUGCCGACCAAUCAAGUUCGAGCUUCAGCUUUGUCAUGCUGUCAAUCAACGGUUACGCGCACAGCAAGCAAGCCCAUGCAGAGGUGGGCGAGCUACGGACUAUGCAACCGCGCGCACAUUUGUUUUGCUUGUGGAGGAGAGAGCAUCAAGGCUCAGCAACUUCCAGAAAAGUUACCAAUCCCACGGCUUGUCAGGCCAAGAGACUGCAGGACGUUUUUUGGCUCGGGGUGCUCGCGUCGCUCCCCGACCACGGCCUCCAUAGCCCGCCUGACGGCUUCGUUUAGAUACCGUGGUUGGGGUGCUCGCCUCGCUCCCCGACCACGGCCUCCAUAGCCCGCCUGACGGCUUCGUUUAGAUGCCCGACCUCUGGAGGAAGAUGUUGGGGCGUCUGGGACAUACUCUUCGUCAGAGGAGUCAUGCAAUUCUGAACUCUAGAUAGAAAUAAAUAAACAAUAUAACACAUAUACACGCGUAAAUGCACUAAGUUUGAUAAACAACGUCAUCAAGAGGGAUACACGAGUGUAAUCACAUAUUGAAACUUUACUAGUUCGUCCUCGCAGAUUCAUGUUAUUUUGGUAUUAGGACAAGUUAGACUCAAUACAGCAUUCUAACGUAAUUCCUUUAUUAUUUACUAAAUGUACUAAAUGUAGAAGAGGGGAAAACAGCAAAACAGGCGAGAUGCUGCAGCACUCCGGGCACUUCUCUCAUGUACUGCGCGCGUGCACAAAUAAAGGGGCGAAAUCAGAGGGAGGGAGGGUGGGACCACCAGUGUUUUGGGAGACGCUGCGAUUCAAACUCCGGACAGCAGCUUUAAACUAGUACUUUGUUGCAGCACCUUUGACUUUUUUUUACAGCACUCAGUCUUUUUGGGUAGGAGUCUAUCAGCGUGGCACAUCUUGAUGUGAGAAUAUUUGCCCACUCAUCUUUGUAAAACCGUUCCAAAUCUGACAGACUGCGAGGGCAUCUCCUGUGCACAGCCCUCUUCAGAUCACCCCACAGAUGUUUGAUCGGAUUCAGGUCUGGACUCUGGCUGAGCCAUUCCAAAACCUCAGUCUUAUCCUGGUGAAGCCAUUCUUUUGUUCAUUUGGAUGUGUGCUUUGGGUCAUUGUCAUGCUGAAAGAUGGAAGUUCCUCUUCAUCUUCAGCAUUCUAACAGAAGCCCAAAGGUUUCGUGCCAACACUGACUGGUAUUUGGAACUGUUCAUAAUUCCCUCCACCAUGACUAAGACCCCAGUUCCAGCUGAAGAAAAACAGCCCCAAAGCAUGAUGCUGCCACCACCAUGCUUCACUGUAGGCAUGGUGUUCUUGUGGUGAUGAGCAGUGUUGUUUUGCCCCAAAUAUACCUUUUGGAAUCAUGGCCAUAAAUUUCAACCUUGGUGUCAUCGGACCAUAAAACAUUUUCCUACAUGUGUUUGGGAGAGUUCAGAUGUGUUUUUGUGAAAUGAAGCUGGCUUGGAUGUUUUUCUUGAUAAGAUAAGGCUUCCGUGUUGCCACCCUGCCCCAUAGCCCAGAUAUAUGAAGAAGACCGGAGAUUGUUGCCACAUGUAUUAUACAGCCAGUACUUAACAGAAAUUCCUGUAGCUCCUUAAAUGUUGCUGUUGACCUCUUGACAGCCUCCCUGACCAGUUUUCUUCUCGUCUUAUCAUCAAUUUUGGACAGACGUUCUGUUCUUGGUAAUGUCACUGUUGUGCCACAUUUUCUCCACUUGAUGAUGACUGUCUUCACUGUGUUCCAUGGUAUAUUUAAUUCCUUGGUAAUUCUUUUGUACCCUUCACCUGACUGAUAUCUGUGAACAAUGACAUCCCUCUGAUGCUUUGGAAGCCCAUGGCUUGUGCUGGAAGAUGUGGCUACAAAAAUGUCACGAAACACAGGGGGUGCUGGAGCCUAUCCCAGCUGACUCGGGCGAAGGCAGGGGACACCCUGGACAGGUCGCCAGUCUGUCGCAGGGCUACAUAUACAGACAAACAAUCACACUCACAUUCACACCUGCGGGCAAUUUACAGUCAUCACUUAACCUCAGCAUAUUUUUGGAUUGUGGGAGGAAGCCGGAGUACCCGGAGAAAACCCACGCAUGCACAGGGAGAACAUGCAAACUCCAUGCAGAAAGAUCCCAGGCCCAGGCUGGGAUUUGAACCAGGCAUCUUCUCGCUGCAAGGCGAAAGUGCUAACCACUACACCACUGUGCAGCCCCCUACUAGAACAGCUAAACUUUAUUUGAGGUUAAUCACAGGCACUUUAAAUGGUGACAGGUGUGUGCUGACUCCAAUUUAACAUUAGUUUGAAUGUAAUUGGUUAAAUCUGAACACAGUCACAUUCCCUGUUAUAAGAGGGUGUGCACGCUUGUGCAACCUCAUUUUCUCAGUUAUUUUUACUUCACCUCCCUGAAAGGUUUCAGUUUGUUUUUCAAUUGUGUUGUACAGGUUAUAGGUCACAUGAAAGACGGAAAAAAUUUUGAAAUCAUUAAUCUUGGUGUCAUAUUUUUUUUACAUCACAAAAACCUGGCAUUUGAACAGGAGUGUGUAGACUUUUCAUAUCCACUGUACAACCUCCUUUCUGCCUGUUGCACAUUAGAUCUACUGGCUAACUUUCACUGGUGCAGCGCUGAUAUGUUAACUUCAUAUUUGACGUCCAGUCCAACUACAGCAUUCAUCAUUCUAAACCACAAAAUCAGUUUAAAAACAGGUGGGUGGAUUAUGUUAAGGGAGAAAACUGUCUGUGAAAAGGGAAAUCAGGAGUGGAGUUAAUGGAUGCAGUAUUUAUGUGUGAGGAGGGCAUCUUCAGAAAUGAAUAUUAUAUUUUUAGAUGUCAUACAGUAGCACCCAGGAUAUGUUGUGGCUCUAAAUAUGCCAUUAAAAUACUUCAUUUCACUCAUUAGUAUCCUAAUCGGUUAUGGUCUUCUCAUGUCAUUGCAUAUAUUUCUAACACCCCUUCCUUUAAUACUCUCUCUUGAGUGUGGCUGACAGCCAGUCACUUUCAAUUUGGUACCUUAAGCGUCGUAAAUGUCACCACGUAUCAUAUGUAAGCCUUCAACAACCUUACCGAAGCUGGUUGAAAUUUUGGCUUAGUUUUACAAUUAGUGGCAGUUUUUCAUAGGUAGUCUUGUUUCGCUACCUUCUGUGUACAAAUGUACAGUCCUUUUCAGUUUGGUGGUUUAUGUCAUGACUUUUUUUAAAUAAUCAGUAUCAAGUUUUUGAUGUUUAAAACAUGACCAAAAGAUGUUGUAUUCUUUGAGAGCAGCACCACCCCUCCAGAAAUAAAUGAAGAAGUUCUCAAAGCCA